AUGGAGAUACUUCAUGUGUUGUAUCCCGGCAAGUGGACUAUACACGCCGAACUCAACGACAAAAAAGAGCCUCAUAGGCUAGAGAGCCUCGAAGAUCCAGGAACGAAACAGAAAGAAUUCGCAGUACGCUAUGACCUGAUCUUCAAAUCUACCGCGGACCCAGACAAAACUAUCGCUGUGUUAGAAUACAAGCGCCGGGGACUUAUACGCUACAACGAUUUCGAACUAGCAAUAGUCUCGAACAACGCCUCUCUCAACGAAAUCGGACUCAGGAAGGAGAAGGCAUCAACAGGAAAUCUUCUCAAGACAAACGGAAUCUCCUACUGCAAACAAGUGUGUCUUUACGCACAGAUCUCGGAGUGCAAGCAUGUGGCACUCUUCAACUGGCAACACUUACUUCUCUUCGACUUCCAUCAGCUGAAUACUGGUGGAGACAAGGCGUAUACUGCGGGUGAAGAAGCGAAGAUCACCUGGGUACAUGAAGACCACACGAGAGGCUUUAUGGAGCGAGCACUCAUCCGGAAGACAUUGCUGGGUUGGCUACUGAAGGCGUUCGAAGACUUCGAGAGUCAGUAA